AUGCGGCAAGAAUCCCUGAAUAGAAGCACCAUGGAGGCUGAUGAACAUGCCGCACGAUCCGCCGCGGUGUGUUCUCAGCCAUGGUGGCGUGGCGCUGGGUACGACGCCUCUCCAGGUUUAGGACUCGAUAUUGCAUCAAAAUCUCCUUCAUUGGACGGCCUGGAGGUACGCGAAAAGGGAGGAGGUAGCCAGCCUCAGCAGGGGAGCGGCGUGGGUGAGGCCGAGGGCCAUAGCAAGAUAAAUCAGGAUAGAGCGGCUCAAGAAGGUUUGCUUUCUGUCGUGUGGAGUCAACUCUGUGUCGUGAUCGCCCAUGAAAGCAAUCUCGUCCUACAUACACUACUGAGCUAGUGGGAGCACCUUUUUAGUUCCUUCCAUUCCGUCUGGGUUACAUAAAUUCGUCAGCAUUUUUCUUGCUAACCUGUUGAGAGAAACUUCUUUCAUGUGCUUGAGUAUUCAGCUUUCAGGAUCGGGAGACUAUUCUGACUUACCAAACUUGCCGUCUGUUUCUAUGAUCUGGUUAUCUAGUUGUCCGUUCUUUUCAAUGUCUUCUGAUGGUAAUCUGGGGGAAAACACGCUAUUUUGGUUUUCACAUGCUCGACAGUGAUCUAGAAGUGCUGAAAGGGCAGCUUCAGGGUUGCCAUUGAUGUAGGCCUCACAGGUUCUGUGUGCAUAUACAAAUGCUGUGUGAUUCAUUGAUGUCCUCACAUGUCAUCCCUGUUGCGACUAACUUUAUACUUAUAGUCUCUGAGAAUGCCUUCUAGCAACUUAUAACUUCUUUGUAGGGCCUGAUGGGUACUACGGAAAGGAACAGCAUCCUCAGCCAGUUGCAUCCGCUGUGCCUCCUGUUGCAGCUGAAUUCCUCGUACCACACGCUCAACUCGAACUUGGUCACUCAAUUGUGCGUACUGGUUUCCUUUUAACCAUUGCAGAAUGCUUUUUUUUUUUAUCAAAUAUCUUUAUCGACUGUAUGCAUUUCCUAAAGUCUUCCUGCUCAUCCUGUCCACCCGUUUUCAUUCUCUUCAGGCUUGUGCACCAUAUAUGUAUCCUGAAACGUAUUACAACGGGCUGUUGGGUACCUAUGGGCCACAACCACUGGUGCGUACAUCUUUCCAUCUCUGAUUGAAUCGAUGAACUCCAUUCGGACUGUCUCACAUUCAUUUUGUUCUAAAUUUGUGGGCUUAUGCGCUUGUUGGAAUAUCAACGGCUCACGGAUAUCUAUAUUCCCUGGUUUACUGGGUCGAAGUUAAUGUUUUUAUUUAUUUAUAAUUCUGUCCGCGCUUGUAGCUCACUUUUGAUAUCGGUAUAAAGGAUGAUUUAGCAAUGGAGAAUGUUAUUGCUUGAAAAAUGCGUAAUCGAAGCUUCAGUGGCUGAUUGUUCUUGGAAACUGGGCAGGUAAAUUCCCAGUUGCUCGGAAUGCCUCAUACUCGCGUGCUUUUACCUCUGGAAAUGGCAGAAGAGCCUGUAUAUGUGAAUGCUAAGCAGUACCAUGGGAUCCUGAGGCGCAGACAGUCACGUGCAAAGGCUGAGCUCGAGAACAAGCUGAUAAAAGUUAGAAAGGUGAGUUAGAUCAAAGAAAAGCUUAAGUCAUGCCCUUUUGUUGGUCUUUGAUCAAAGCCUUUCAUGGAAGCUUCAUCUAGGUAGCUGUAUGUCUCUGUGUGCGCGUAUUGUUCUCAAAUGUGAGGUGUGGUUCUGCUAAUGCUCAUCCGAAGCAUCGUCCCCCUUGCUGGGCAUCAUUUUAUUUUCAGAUUUGAAGCCCUGGGUCUCAGCGGGUGGAAGGAAUUUAAACAUAAAUAAAUCUCCAAAACCAUCAAUGCUGCUACCAUACUCUCUCCAUUGUUCUUUUAGACACAGAAAGGAUCAAGCCAAGAAUGAAUUGCCUUCCAAGAUAGCAGAUAAACCAGGCACUGGACGAUCAGAAUUCCCCCUAAACUUCCAAGCAUGCCGCCAUCAAAUGGUGAGGACCCGCUUCGGCGCCUGGUUCACCGCCAUGCCACUCCGCUGCUGCCCUGAGCAGUCCCCAUCCUCCGCCCUUUCAUCCCCACUCCGCACUUUACAGGAACACAAUAAUGGCGGUGGGCAUUUUUAUGGGAAAACUAUGUUGGUGACCUUAGUUGCAUGGUUCCACAUUCGGCACAAUUCUUUUCGUCAUGCCACAUGUUUUGAUGCAUCUUAUGCCAAAGGAGAGAAAUAAAGAGAGAAUGUUCGUCUCUUCGAAAAUGUUAAGUCAAGCAUCAUUCAUAAAUCACCUCAAUUUUUACAGUUAUAUGUUUUUAUUGUUUCUCCUCAGCCAUAUCUUCACGAAUCACGACACCAGCAUGCAAUGAGGAGAGCCAGGGGUUGCGGCGGCCGAUUCCUCAACACGAAGAAGGCCGAUCCCUCUUGCAAGACUGGUUCAAGCUCAGAUCAAGCCCGAUCCCCGCCGCAAGCCUCGGUCUCUGAAUCUCUACCUGCCGACUACUCGGGGGACCGAGGGGCGCACGAACUGAAAGCCCACAUGGUGCAGGGGAUCUGUGAUGGCUCAUACCAGUCGCACGCCGGAUUCCACUUGUCAGCGUUUCACUCAAUCUCGGAUGAAAGGGCGGAGGAUGGGGACUGCUCAGGGCAGCAGCGGAGUGGCAUGGCGGUGAACCAGGCGCCGAAGCGGGUCCUCACCAUUUGA